AAAUCAAUUUUGGGGUUUCUUUUCAAAAGCAAAAUUUGGUUUCGAUCUCUCUUGUUCCUUGACCAUUUUCAAUUUCAAACCCUGAUUUUUGAAGAUACUAGUUUUGAUCUCAUCAGAUCGGAGCAAUUUUAAGAUGGGGAAGAUUCCGGUGAAGAUCAAGUCGGUUGUGUACGGCCUGUCACCGUUCCAGCAGAAGGUGAUGCCUGGUCUCUGGAAGGACUUCACCGGUAAGGUUACACACAAGGUCACCGAUAACUGGCUCAACACCAUCCUCCUCGUCGGUCCUGUCGUCGGCGUUUACACGUAUGUUCAGAGUUACCAGGAAAGAGAGAAAAUGCACCAUAGGUUCUAAACACAUUCUACAUUGGUGUCAUCUUUCUUGAAAAUGAGAAAGAGAGAGAUCAAUGCCUCUUUCCAUUAAAUAAACAAACAUAAAUUUAUAUUGGGGAUUAAUAAGCUUUUUUUUUUUAAUUGUGAUGAAUGGAGCUGUAUUUGCUAAGCUCCUAAACUACAUCUUUUGUUACUAUUCAAUUUGUUUUCUCUAUUCUUAAUUGUCAUAACUGAAAA